CUCACGGGCCCGGAAGCGCCAGUCAGUGAAGGUUGUUUUCAAGAUGGGAGUCAAGCUUGAAGUGUUCCGGAUGCUGCUGUAUCUGUCAUUCCCAGUGACUAUGUUCUGGAUCUCCAAUCAAGCUGAGUACUUUGAGGAAUAUGUGGUGAAGCGAAAGAGGGAGAUUUACCCACCGGAUGAGAAGAUGCAGAGGAAGGAGCUGGAGGAUUUCAAGCAGAGAAUGCGCGAGCGGAAAGAACAGAGGCUUCUGAAGCAGCUUGGCCUGGCUGAAGCACAGAAAGAGUGAGACACCCAGCUCACCAGGGCUCUGAUACACCGGACUGCAGCACUGCAGUACCAUGCGGAUCCAGGUUCAACAGAACAGGAAGAAAAGCGACACCGCUGCUGAUCAGUCUCCUGCGCUCGGACCUGUCGGACGAUAUUCUCAAAGCGUUUCCUCCAUUCUUUCAUUUACUCCUACUUUUUGAACGGAGUGGAACUCAUGUUUGUUACAAAAUAAAAAACAGAGCACCUUGAGAGUGUGGAAGAGAUACCUAACUUAGUUGCUUGGUUGUAGUUUUGUAAAAUUAAAUGUUUUACCACUUUAAAAAAAACAAUAGGAGUUAAUUAAACACUGGAGCACACGCUUAGAAAACAUGACCUCUCGUUACCAGAGGUUGAUCAUCCACGGCAUUAGAAAUAUCUGUAACACCAAAAUAAACAGAAACAGUCUUUAAAUUA